AUGUCCGAAGUUCAAUCUAGGCCAUCUGCCCCUCGCGGUCGGGGGUCAGCUCGUGGCGGUAGAGGAGGUUACAGCUCCAGAGGUGGACGAUCCAGCAAGCCUACCAAUGCAAAUUCAGAGAAUGCCCCCACCCCAUCGUAUGAGGACGAAGGAGAAAUUGGUCAGCUGAAGAAAAAGCAUGCCGCCAGCCUAAUCACCAUAAAAGAGCUCUUCGCAGACUGGACCGAUGAGGACCUAGUUUUUGCCCUGGAAGACGCCAAUGGAGAUCUAGAGAUUGCGAUUGAGCGCAUCACUGAUGGCAAUGUGUCGCAGUGGGGAGAGGUCAAAAAGAAGCACACCGAUCGAUCGCGUGCCAAGCCAAAAGACCCUCUCUCACAGGCAGACUCCCUUGCUGCUCCUCCACCAGCCCGUGGAGGUCGUGGCCGUGGAGGACUUGACAUUCGUGGACGUGGUCGGGGUGACCGUGGACGUGGAGGGCGUGGCGGCAGAGCAGGCGUCCAUGUCAAUGGAGCUCGUACUGAAAAGCCUGCGGCCCAGCCAAUUGAAGAGCCAGAGAGUGCUCCUGUAUCUGACGCUUUGAGAAAACCAGAAGAGCCUGUGUCUACCACUAGAGACAAAGUGGUUUCCACCGAAGCAGCCCCGUCCACUAUUACGAAGGAGCCCUCAUCAGAAGCAUCUCCACAGAAGAGCAGCCUGAUCCCAGAAGGCUCGAAGAAAGGCUGGGCUAGUUUGUUUGCUCAACCAGCUCCACCUCCGCCUCAGAAGAAGGCUCCCCCACCAGCUUCGGCAGCCCCAGUGCAGCCUGCCGAAUCACAAGUCAAGCCCAUCGAGCAACUCUCUCAACAAUCAAAACCUGCCCCCGAACAGCCAACUGCACAGCCUUCAGAACCAUCGACCACUACUACUCCAUUACCCCAAGCUCCCGUUCCAGUGAUACCAAAGGACGAAUUGACUCAGUCAAACCUAGAGCGAGUUCCGGAUAUAUCCCACCCACAGCCUAGCACAACAGCGGCUAGCACAAUGGCCAGCAUACAGGAUCAAUCCAGCGUGGUUGGUGCCGCUACCGCUCCACAGACCCGACCAAUGUCGGGCUAUGCUACAACUGCAUAUAAGGCUACAACUGGGGCUGGACGAGCAGCAAACUUGCAGCGUCGUGUUAUGGAACAACAAGAGGCCGUCGUCAUGCCAGGAAACCAUGCAGUCGAUCGGGCUGCUGUCCAGUUUGGGAGCAUGGGAUUGAACGGACCAAUUGAUGACGUAGAUAUUGACGACGAGAGAGAAGAACCGGAAACUCGACAUCAGCCUCCCCAGCAUUCUCCCGUCGCACCUCGCGCCUCGCUUCCUCCCGCCACCCAAACUCAGACACAUAAACCCCAGGUCCAUCAAGCCCAAACAACACAGGCACAAACGCAAGCAACAGCAGAAGCUAUUGCUGUUCCCCGCCCGGCUCCUGGACUUCCUCCUGUGGCUGCAGCUACUUCCACAGACACCCCGUUCAACGACUUUGCGCGAUAUACAGAAUCGCAAAAACAAUAUGAUCCCUUCAGUCAGCAAGUUGAGCAGGCUCCCCAACAACAGAACCAGGAACCCUUCUCCAACCAAGCUCCCAUACCAUCUCAACCCACAGCAACUACCGCUGCAGAUUACUCCGCAUUCUACGGAGGUGACCAAGCACGACAUCCUUACUAUUAUGGUUCGUACAGCCAAUCCCAAGACGGUGUUGCGACACAGCAGAGAGCUGGAAGCGGAUUUGGCGGUGUUAGCGGUGCUGAUGCCCAGCCCCAAAUCGCUUCCACCCAACCACCAAGCCGGUAUAGCCACGUGGAAGCUCCUAACAGUGGCCAAAGUACACCUAACCCCACUCUGCCCGGCCAAACUGCCCAACCCAAUCAGCAUUUGCCUCAGGGACAGGGUGCUCAUAGUGCCUACAACUAUGGGUAUCCCUAUUAUUCUAACCCUCAUUAUGCGAAUUCAUAUAUGAAUCAAAUGAACCAGCAUCAGUAUGGAAGAAAUCGUCCGAUGUACGAUGACGCACGGAGGUACGAGGAACAUUACCUUCAUAGCAACCAGUUCGGUUAUGGAAACCAGUAUGCGGCUCCAUACGGCAAGGGAACCGGCAUGUACGGACAGCCUCAGCAUGGUUUUUCUUAUGAUCAUGCCUCUACUCCUGCUACCGCAGCUACGUUUAACCAGGGUGCCCCCGGCCGCGAUACUGGGUACGGUCGUGCGGGAUCGACCCAGCCGUCGGAAGCCCAAACAUCGGGCCACACCGCCUUUGGCGCUAUUCCGGAUGUUUUCGGGCGGACUCAAUCAGGAUUUGUUCAAAGCCAACCCAUCGCCCAGCAACAGCCGGCCAGCGCGGAAGAGGCGGCAAAGGGUUUCGAAGCACCCAAGGCAGGCGGCCCAAGCCCUUCACUAGCUCAAGCAAAUCGUCCUGGAUCCGCAACUAACAGCGUCCCCGCUCAACCCCAGGCUGGUCAGGCCGGUCUGCCCCCGGCACAAGGACAGCCAACAAGCCAGCAGGCAUUUGGCACGUAUCCUCAGCUUAAUCCACAAUACGGUGGACUUGGAGGCCUUGGAGCGCACCACCAACAGGCUGGCGCCAACGCAACUCAUCACCAGCAAGCUAGCGGAUAUGGCCAGUACGGAGGAGCAGGGUUUGGCGGCAACUAUUAUGGAAAUACCGGACGCGGUGGAGGAUGGGGCGGCAACUAUGGUCAUUAA